AUGGCUGGGGAAGGAGGGGCCGAGGCAGAGUGAGUCCCAAGAUGGCGGCCUCCACCUAGGGACCUCUGACGCUAGAGCGGAAGGUACCUGUCAGCUCCUUGAAGGCCACGUGCGACGCUAUUCUUAUGCUUGUGCGGGUGCUGUUGUGGGGGAGAGACGAGAGCAAUGGCAGGGAGCCUCUUUUUGGGGGCAGGAAGGGUCCUAUGGGGCCGGGUGCCCUUGGCCUGCAGAAGCUUCUCUUUGGGUAUUCCUAGAAUGUUCCACGUAAGGCUCACCCUCCCUCCUCCCAAAGUGGUUGAUCGUUGGAACGAGAAGAGGGCCAUGUUCGGGGUGUAUGACAACAUCGGGAUCCUGGGAGACUUCAAAAUGCACCCCAAAGAACUGAUCAAGGGCCCCAAAUGGCUUCGAGGCUGGAAGGGGAAUGAAUUACAACGUUGUAUCCGAAAGAAGAAAAUGGUUGGAAAUAGGAUGUUCCUUGAUGACCUGCACAACCUUAACAAACGCAUCAACUACCUCUACAAACACUUUAAUCGACAUGGGAAGUAUCGGUAGAAGAGAAAGCUGGGAACUGUGGAAGAGGCACAUCUGUCACCCGGGAGAAGGGGAACAGUACUUUUCCUUAUAAGGAAAGGAAUUUGUAUGCUCCUUGUAAUAAAAUGGGGCUUCUUUGGAAUCUAUUAUCCACACACUUUAUUUUACACUAGAUGCUACUUUUACUCAUUCCUGUAGACUAUGACGUCUGACUCAUCCAUAAGUCCUAUAGUCUUAGGUUUGGACUUAACCACUUGCCCUUUG